CCUGCCGCUCCGGUCCGGCUCGCUCAGUCCCCCCCUCGCGCCCUCGUCGGUGCCGCCGGGUCGGCCGCCCCUCCGCCAUCCGCCCUCGGCCCUGCCCUGCGCUCCGCCGGCCGGCGCGUCGCGGGAUCCGCCCGGAGGCGGCUCGGGCAGGUUAGCUCAAGAUGGGAGACCAGAGGCAACGUUCGUUGUCUACCUCCGGAGAAACGCUGUACCACGUGCUAGGGCUGGACAAGAAUGCCACCUCGGAUGACAUUAAAAAGUCAUACAGAAAACUUGCGUUAAAAUAUCACCCGGACAAGAACCCAGAUAACCCAGAAGCUGCUGAGAAGUUUAAAGAGAUCAAUAAUGCACAUGCGAUAUUGACGGAUGCUACGAAACGCAAUAUCUAUGACAAGUACGGUUCCCUGGGGCUGUAUGUAGCAGAACAGUUUGGAGAAGAGAAUGUGAACACGUACUUCGUGCUAUCCAGCUGGUGGGCAAAGGCGCUGUUUGUAUUUUGUGGGCUCAUCACAGGCUGCUAUUGCUGUUGCUGUCUCUGCUGUUGCUGUAACUGCUGCUGUGGAAAGUGUAAACCGAAACCCCCGGAAGGCGAAGAGCAGGAAUACUACGUCUCCCCUGAAGACUUGGAGGCACAGCUACAGUCCGAUGAAAGGGAGACCGCAGAUACACCUAUUGUGGUACAGCCAGCCUCUGCUACAGAGACGACCCAACUCACAGCGGACUCCCACCCCAAGUACCACACCGAUGGAUUUAACUAAGUUAAAGGAAGCACUGUUAACUUAAAAAAAAAAGAAAGAUAAAACAUAAAUCACAUGGCCAACCCAGCACUAGAAUCAUGGACAUUAGAAAUAGCGUAUGGGGAGGGGAAAGGCUCUGCCGCAGUAAGAAGGCAGCCUCCAACCUGCUGAGAAUAUUUUGUAAUCCCUUCGGCCUUUUGUCACCUUCAGUGUCGUAUCUUGAUGAUACAUGGAAGUACUGUAGCAUGCAGUAUUUAAAGCAGUUUAGCAUUUGGUCUUAUUUUGUUUUCCUUCUUCUUCUCCUUUCUCCUCCUCCUCCUUUUUUUUAAGUAGCAUGCGUGGAGUUUAUGUUAUAAAUGUCUUUGUGUUGUAACGUAUUGAGGAGUAAUCACGAGCGUGAGGGAUACGUUCUGCAUUUUAAGCAGUGGUACCAGCCAAAAAAAAAAGAGAGAGAGAGAGAGAGAGAGAGCAUUUUUCGAAGAGAAAUUAAAAUCUGUCCCAGAAGCCACCACACUUCCAUACAGUUGAACUCCAAGUAUCACUCUGAAGGCUGCUCUUCGUUCUCUUGGCUAGCAACUUGAGAUUUCCAGUCUGUCCCCUCUUGCUGGUUUUCUUCCGAGUCAUCUCUGUCUCAAUGGGCUUACUUUGAAAAAUGCUGAUGUCACAAGGAAGGGAUUUUUUUUUAAAAAAAAAAUCCUUGGUUUUGAAAACCUUCCCUCGUGCGUCCGUUUCUUCCGCAGACAAUAAUCAGACAGCUACUUUCUAGUUUAGACAUUCUUGUGUACGAGAGGGCCAAACUAUGGGUUUUGUGGCAAAACCAGACGUUACUUGAAUUUAUAUCUCUGCUUUUUAAAACAAGUGCGCACUAUUUUUUUUUGUUUGAAUCGAACCAUUCCCCUGCACUAUUUAUAAUUGAAUAUUGCCAUUUUUUUAAACUUGUGCAUGAACAUGGGACGAAACUGAAACAGAUGUAUGUUCUCAUUGUCUAGUUUGAAUGAAGUCUACGCAAAUAAAUAGUCAAGAGCAAAUUUUAGAUUUCUCUUGUUUGAAUAUUCCAGGAUAUAUCCUCCUUUUGAUAUUGUUACAAGCAGCUUUUUUGUGUGUUUAACAAGAACCUGAGGGCCGUUUGACACAUCGUGUUGACCCCUGUGGAUUGUGGUCAACCCCACAUCGUGGUUGACCCCUCUGCCACUAACUGUGGUGCCUUCCUCUAGUGUAAGUCACCUUCUGACACAAGCGGCGUCUUAUGCCAGAGGAAAAUGCCUGUUAGCUGAACAGAUCUUCAGAAAUCAACCCUAUGUAUUUUAUAAAUUUUUUUUUAAAAAAAAACACCUCUCAAGUGAGAAUGCAACAAACGUGUUUCACGGAUGCUCUGAUAUGGAAACCUGGAUUGUCUUCAGGUCUCCGAGUGUAGCCUCCGUAGCCAAACUGGAUUGGCUGCCUUGUACACCUUGGGAAACGCCCAUAAUCUCAUGGCAACUCAACAGAGAGAUCCAGAUGUAAACAACUCAGAUCUUUUGUUGAAUGUAUGUAGCUGCCUAGGGAGUGGCUUGAUCAUUCUCCGUUUCUGUCCCUCUUUCGCACAUUUGAAGAAUACAGACGGACUAAACAGUGUGCGUGGUACAUUUUCCAUCCAAAGCACUGCAUGAUUGAUUAAUCAGAGUCAUUCAGUGGCUUGAAAACAUGUGCCACUUCUGUGUCCUGAUAACUGUUUAGUGUAACAUUUUGCACACAUCAAUCCAUUUUAAGCAUGCCCCCCCCCUUAAAUGAGUUGUAACUAAUACGGAAGGGAAAAACUCAUGAAUGGAAAUGGUGUGUAUGUUCAAGUGAGAAUGCAAUAAGCACAGUGCUGUUUCCUUGGAGAGAUCAGCAGCAUUUACUCCCUGUGUAUCUUCUGCCCUUUGCUCAGCCUUCUCUCCCCUGUCCUCUUAGUAACCCUUGCUCUUGUUUGGAAUUAGCUGACUUCCAUUCUUUCUACAUUCCCUUUGAGAUACUUCUGCGUUGCUUCCCUUUCCAAAAUCCCCAAACUGGAGCUUCUUUGAGCAGGGAUAUUUUCCCCCCAAGUGGAUGUGAAAGAAACACGUGGACCAAAACUGUCUGUUGAAAGCAUGCCAAGUGUUCAAAUCCUGCCCCCCUCACCAACCCCCCUCCAACCCUUUAAUCAAGUAGAUCCAAUUAGGAAGCCAGGAGCAGAUCUUAAUAUUUGAGUGAUAAUGCUCUAAUGCAACACAAUGCGACAAUACUAAAUCUGCGAGUUUAAUACCACAAUGUUAGUUUUAAGCUAAGCUGUCAACCUUAAUAAGCUCAGUGUUGUGCCUGUUGCCCGUCUUACGUUUAGCAUAAGUAAAUUGAUCGUAUGACCUACUAUUGGACUCCAGAGUCAAAAGCAUAGCUAAAAACGGGAGCCUUAAGAAAUAGGAGAACUGAUUCCACCCCCACCCCCCACCCCAGCAUUCUACACCAGUUAUAAAACUUUUGGCUUUGUUCCCAGCAUGCUUAUAAUCCAAAAUUGCCUUCUUCUGAGCUCAAAUGACCUGCUUGCAAUUUUAGAUUUGUGAAGAACUUAUAAGGGAGUGUUGCUUUUCAAAUACUCAGUCUCGUACUCCUGAUUUCUCUUUUUCUAAUUUUAAAGCCCAUCACUAGGCAAACCAUUUCUGGUUGUUGGGUCGUGAUUUCACAGCGGUUCCCCCAGUUCUGGAUGACCAGGUAAUGAAGUUUUUGUGGGUACCUCGAGGAAAAGUUACUUUAUUCUGUACUCUGGAUUCCUUUUCCCCACCAUACCUUGUUCUAAAUAACCCCUGGGUACUAAAAUCAAAUGUCAGGAUGAAGGAGUUUGGCAGGCUCUUAAAUGCUUGUGAUGUUAUGAUGUAGGAAAAAAGAGGAAAUUCAGACUGCAUCUCAGUCUGGGUGUUAGUACGUAAAAAGGAAAGGUUGAAGCAAAGCCCAGAUUCAAAUUUGUAAUUGCUGUCUCUUUGGAGAUGGACAAUAGUCUAGGGAUGCUGAAAGUAGGUUGAAAGCGAUUUCAGUCCCUGUGUUGCAUACUCACUCACCUCUGUAGUUCCACAGACGCUUCUGGUCGAAGAGGACUUGCACAUUUUGGACACCAAUAUGUAGCCUGACUAUCAGGCAUGAAAGCAGGAUGCGUGCAUGUGCCACAAGCAGUGAUCUUUUUUUUUUCUUCACAGUCUUCAGCUCUGAAAAAACUGUCCUCCGUUUCUAGUUUUGGGUCUUCUGGAAGGAGCGGAAGACCCCUUUGUUUCUCCGUAAUUAGCGAGAGCCUAGUUCGAGCUGCAGUUCUUGCUUUCAAGCACUACGGCUGACUUUCUUUCCUUUCUUCUUCUUAUCAAAUGCUUUUCUAUUGCUUAGACGCCUUGGUGUGGGGAGCCUGCCAAUUCUUUUUAAUGCUGUCAAAACCGGUGAGUCUUCCCAGUUGACCUGCAUGCCCCGGCGUUACGUAAAGAGCCUGCAUAUUAUAUAGGAUACCGAAGAACCAGCAUCAUGGCCAAAUCAUAUCCUUUGGCUUUGGGGUUAAGUCCAGCUUCCAGGAACUCGAACGUGUGAGCCACCGAGGUCCUUCCCCCUCAAUAUGGCGGCUUUGUUUAGAGCGAACAAAACUCUCAAGGGGGGAGGUACUUUCAAAAACGGUCAAUGAACUUUUUUAAAAGCACACUAAGACCUGCUUACAUGCGGGGGGCGCUCAUUGGCUAGUGUACGUGAAACUUUAAAACCUAUGCAAAUGUGUUGCUCGUGGAUUGAAUGUUUUUUUCCUUUGUGCGUUUUCACUAGUUGUCCUGGGUAACGUACGUGGUACAUUCAGGACGCUGGCGGGAUCAGCAGUUGUUAAACCCCACCGGCCGUACAAUAAGGUCUUCAAAUGACUUCUAGCCGAGGAGAAUCCGUUAGAAAUAAAUGUGAGGACUGUGGUUUUGAUCAUCCUGGAGGGGUAGGAUGUGUAGAUGAUGCAAUCGGAGGAACAUGCAGGCCAUGUCUAUCACAGUGCUUGCCAUGAAAUCGUAUUGAGCCAUAGGAUUCCAUUGGGGAGGCAUCAUUAGUGUGUUCUCAGCUUCUGUGGUGUCCCUGGGCAAGGCUUCCCCACAAAAACAUAAUUCAGAAGAGCUGAGGAGGGCUGUAUUCUGAUGCCACUUCCAACAGCACUAGCACAUGGUUCUUGCUCUUCCCUCCUUUUGUUCCCCACGCGGAGAAUCUUUGUUAGAAACUACUGGCGACGUAUGAAUGCACCUGCCUGGAUUAAACUCUGGUUUAAAAACUUGGAUCGUGGGGGAGGAAAACAGUCCCGUGGGUAACCUUGCAUAUCUUUGUCUGCACAUGGUGUAGCAUUCGGAAUUUGUUUCGAGCUGGGAUUCCCAGUUAAGAACAGGCACAGGAACGUGUGUAGGAACAUUCACCCUCUUCAUCUGUAAGUGGAAACAUAUUUAUGUGAACACCCUUGUGGCAUUUGUGUGUAGGUUUCUGCCAUAUCUGAUGUUUUGGAGAGCCAUUCUUUUCAGUUUUUUUUUUUAAAGCUUUGGGUAGCACUUUUGGAAAACCACGUUAGAUGUCGGCACUCGUAGUCGCCGCUAAAAUGUGAUGCUGGUGAAAUUUCACCGUUCAGCAAGCUGAAACGAGUCUUCACGGACAUACAAGCAAAGAAUUUUUUCCUUUUGUGCAGUUUUACCAACGAGAGGUUCAGUGGGGCCAGCAGUGGUGUGUUGAAAGGACUGCAGUUGAUCAGCAGAGUCUCUUGGACUGGAACUUGUGACUCCGCACCUCUUUCUUCUGGCACAAGGAACCUCCCGUUGAUGUAAGAUGUGGGCAAGCCAGCUCAGGGCAUUCAGUCCUGUCCACACUAUAGGUAGAAUUGGGAACCUGGCUGGACUCCCCGUGGAAAGGGCUGUUUCAUAGGUUGCCAUUACUGGCUUGCUGUGAGAACACCAGCAUUCUUAGCUCAUGCCCAGACGGGGUCCGUUAGGGUCUCGUAAGGAAAAAUGACGGGACUGAUAAUGUCAUGGAGGCCGAGAGAGAUUUCUGGUUCUUGGUUUGGAAUGAAGAAUAGGGUUUACCUGAAAGAGUUUCCCAGUAAAUGAGUGAAGUAGUUUUUGCCUCCAUGCUGCUUCCAGUGGGUGGUCUGAUAGGCUGCAGGGAGGUUGUAGUUGCACGUUUUAAGUAUUUUGCACACAUGAGAAUCUUAAGGGUGUAUAAAAGUUCGUGCUGGACUGAUGCUGCUUUUGUCUGGUGGUUAAUGCAACUCCGCUUCCUGGCCUUUUUUAUUUUAAGCUGUGAUCUCUCAACUGAAAAAGGGAGAUAAAACCACCAAGCCCUCCAGCACCUGACAUUCCCUCACUUUGGCUGCUGAGAGGCAAGGAGGUAUUGAUAAAGAUGUGAGAUCACAAGCCCUGUUGUACAAAUGGAAGAGGGAAAUGCUCUAACAGGGUUUGCCUGUUUGCAAAGGGGAGCGUCCUUUUAAACCAGCAGGGCCUUCCCGCAAUUCUGCCUCUGCAGGGAGUUUUCAGUACAGUGGGGCUGGUCUUAAGAAAUCAGUGGCUAAUUCUUCGAAGGAUCCGUCCUGUCUCAUCUCUGCGUUCUCGCUUUCCCUGCCUGCACAACCUCAUCACCUAUCUUGAAAGCUCCCCAAAUCCCCAGGGUUUGUUCUUUACACUGGCUGAAGGCAAUCAACGUGGCUUCUGAACUGUACAGGUGCAGGCCGUGCGGCAAAUUUCAGUUUCGAUGUCUGCGAUGGCCUGUGUGUGUGUUGUGUGUCCACGAGCGUGCGUGUGUCAUUGAUCUGCGAACCCAGCGAUUUGCCAAGCUGCAAAAUUUUUUUAGAUGUUGCAUUUUCCUCGUUGGGGUGUACACUCUGUGUGUGUGUGUGUGUUGCAUUAUUCAGCUGCUACUGUCCCACUUGUUCCCGCGUUGUUUCUCCUUUUCCUGCCACCCCUGCAGUUAUUUGGGCACUGAGGGGGGUGGAGGUGACAGAACACUUUCUUUUUGGUAGCGAUCACUAAAUUCAAGGCAGCCUCUUUUUGUGUCUGUGCAGGAAGUUGGAAAGAAUUGAGGUGUAAGGACAGCCUGAGUUUGUUUCUCUAAAGGUGGUUGCAGGCGCCAUUGAAAUGAACCGAAGCGGGCAGCAACAGUGUUCGGUAGAUCCCACCUCUGGCUUAACUGUUGGUUUUUUAUUAGAUUAUUAUGGCCUCUUCGGGAGUCGACAUGACCUGAAGAUGUGAUGAGAAUCUAAUUUUGCACUUGUACUUGCGGGGAGGGCAGAAGGGUGAGCCCUAAUGUUUAAAAAAAAAUGUUAGUUGUAAAAACAAUCAAAGUAUAAAUGCAUUUGAAAAGCAAUGAUCUAUCUAUAUAUAUAUACAUAGAAAAUAUAUAUAUAUAUAUUUUGUUAUGUUACUUAAAGGAUCAUCCUUUUAAAUUGUAAGUAGCUGUGGUUGUCUGAAUUUUGUGGAUUGUUAACACUCGCAAGUGCAAAGCUCCUGUAUAUACCUACCGUUCUUCAAGCAGAAGGAAUUGUUUUAUGUUUUAGCAUGGUAAUUUAUGUAUUGUAUGUCUGAAAAGGAACUUAAACAAAAAUAAAGACCGCUAAAUUAUCAGAAA